AUGGAGAACUAUUUCCAAGCAGAGGCAUAUAACCUCGAUAAGGUUUUAGAUGAAUUUGAGCAAAACGAAGAUGCCACUGUUUCACCUACAUUAUUGGGUGCAAAAUGGAAUCAGAUUCUAGAGCCGCCUUCUCGUCGUCUGUCAUUUAACCCGACUGUGGCCAAUGUGAAUGAAGCUACAACUCCUAAUGAAUGUCAACAGAGAUUAAAGUCUUUCUCCGUGUCUCAUUCAGUGACUACACCAACAGGAGGAGGGGAUCAUUGUGCUAAUGGAAAGGAUUUUAGUAUAAGCCCAGAGACCCCAGUCAUGUGGAUUGAUGAUCAGGCAGCAGCAGAUGACCAAUUGAUUAAAAGAAAUAGUAAUCAGGGUGAUCAGUGUAACACUGUGGAAGCAGGAGAAAAGAAAUGUGGAAAUAUAGCUUGCUUGCCAGAGGAGAAAAAUGUACUAGUGGUGGCAGUCAUGCAUAACUGUGACAGAAGAACACUACAAAGUGGCAAUUUGGUGGAUUGUAAAAAUUACAACAGUCAGUCCCUAAUGGACACUAUUAGCUUUACACUGGAUAAUGAAAACCAUCAGAGUGAUCAGUUUAGUGUUACUGUAAAUGGAUCCAUGGAAAAAGAUACAGAUACAGAAAAGCAAGUAAAUCGGCUGUGUACUGAAGAUGACUCUGUAAGUCAUUUGGUUAAUGCUUCAUCUGAAAGCCUGACCGUUGCAUGCCCCUCCUCUCAAUUAAAGGAUGAUUUUAAUAUGAGUAAAGAUUCACUGUUUUCAGAAGCUGCAGCUGCAGGGAUUAAUGCAGUGACUCUUUUACAGAGACCAGUUGAUGGUACCAUUAAAAUGCAAGAAAAUUGUGUCUCAGUUGAAAAUUUUACUAGUAAAGCCAUUCCUCAGAGAACGGAUCUAGAGGCUAAAAACUCUUCUUCUGGUUCAAGUAAUGGAAGCUUAAUUGUAGAAGAGGAAACAACCCAACAGUUACAGUCUAGGCUAUCUGGGCUCACUGAAAACUGUCAACCUAAUGUGGCUGGAAGUGGCAAUUACAAGGAACGUGUUGCAGAACAUUUUGCCCCUGAGGAUGUUAGUGCCACUGCAAGCAAAGUCAUUGAAUGUGAUAAAAAUCUUGGCACAACGGAAUUGCUCAGCGUGGCAGAGUGUUGCCCUGAAUCUCAGGAGAUGACUAAUUGGGAACCGACUAAGUUGAAUGGGAUGAAUAAUAAGCAAACUCUGGGAGAGAAUGAAAGACUCUUGCAGAUGAAACAGCCUGAUGAGGCAUGUAGUAAUAGUAAAGAAGGUGGAGAUGGGGUGAUGGAGGCAGGUAUAGGCUUACAAGGAACUGGUAUAGAUGAGCUUGAAGGGUCCAGUCUCUCUGAUGUGAUGGCUACAUCAGCAGCAAGCUCUCUGUCUAAUGGUUGUGAUUCCUAUGGAAUGCAGAACCCAGUUGUUGCUCAUGUUCCAAAGACUUUGCCCUCCAAGGAAGACUCGGUAACAGAGGAAAAGGAGAUAGAGGAGAGCAAGUCAGAAUGUUAUGCUAAUAUUUAUGAACAGAGAGGAAAUGAGAUCACAGAAGGGAGCAGUCUUAUUUUAAAUAGCACUGGUGACCACAUAAAGAAAAAUUAUUUGCAUAAUCUUUGUAGUCAGGUUUCAUCCAUGCAAGGGCAAACUUCACCAAAACCAGUGACUAAUCUGCAAUCUAUCAGUGUUCCUUUUGGUGGUGCAAGACCUAAACAACCUACAAAUCUUAAACUGCAGAUUCCAAAGCCAUUAUCGGACCACUUACAAAAUGACCUUGUUCCCCCAAAUUGUGGAGGUAAUAGUAAAAACAAAAAUGUCUUUGGUAAAACACAAUUAGGGGAUACAACAGAUGCGUUUCCCGGUGAAACAUCUUUAAAUGCCUCUGUUACUGAUGCUAAUGGGGAACAUUUGGAAGAGUAUGAAUCUGGAGUCUCUAGUAGUCCGUGCCUUGCAGUAGCCCCAGAUAGUCCAGAUAAUGAUCUCAGAGCUGGUCAGUUUGGAGCUCCAGCCAGAAAGCCUUUUACGACUUUGGGUGAGGUGGCUCCAGUUUGGGUUCCAGAUUCUCAAGCACCAAACUGUAUGAAAUGCGAGGCCAGAUUUACAUUCACCAAAAGAAGGCAUCAUUGCAGAGCUUGUGGGAAG